AUGGCUUAUCAGACCAUAAUGAAUACUGUAACUCCUAUACAAACACCCUGGAUUACUUACUCUGUAUCUUGUACAACAAGAGACCCAAUAGAGCAAAUAGCUACAUUAUUACAAGAAAUCAUUUUAACAGUAAAAGGUUGUAUUAAUAAUGCUAUUAAAAAUAAUGUAGAUAGUUGUAUAGAUUUUG